UGUUGUGAGGUGGCCCUUCGGGGGGCGGUUUGUUAACCAACAGAUACGAGAUUUCUUUCUGUCUCAUUUCGAAAAGUUUUAAAAAAUAACUUAGUGAUUUCCGCUCACAUUUUGUAUGUGGUAGUGUUUCGUGCUGAUAAUUAUACUUUUAUUGGUGGCAAAAAUGACGUACUUGAAUUCGUGGGAAGAAUUCGAAAAAAGUGCCGAGAGGUUAUAUCUUCAAGAUCCGAUAAACACUCGAUAUACAAUGAAGUAUUGCCACAGUAAAGGAGUUUUGUGUCUAAAGUUAACGGACAAUCGACAGUGUUUGCAGUACAAGACGGAGAUAGCUCAAGACUUGAAGAAAAUGGAAAAAUUUAUAGGCAAUCUUAUGAGACACAUGGCGUCGAGAGAAACUUAAAGAUUUCUAUGUAAUAGAGAUAUAUGCUUGUCUCUCACGUGGAGGUUAAAACAUACUGCGAUUUAUUAAACAAUCAUUCCUCAUCUCAUAAAAUUCAACUACCGAAUAGUCUAUAGCGUAACAACUUUUGUGUUUUAAG